CCCAUCCACAGCCUUCUAUAGCUCAUUCGUUUUGUGCAUGCCGUCAUCGUCUUGUUAGAGUUUCGUGAUAGCAGUGGUGGAGUACAACAUACACACAUAAAAAAUAUACACAUGUUUAAUCAACAAGAGAUACAAAAGAAUAUAUAUGUAUAUACAAUUGGAACUUCUCUAACCAACCAGGUGACAAUUGCCAUCUCAUGAAGGACUCUAUUCCUUUUGUGAACACAGUUAUGAGGUUUGAGAACAAUUAUCUUCUGAAUACCGUUAAAUUCGAAAAAAAUUAGUAGUUCAGGUUUUAUAUCCUCAGCGUUAUUUAUAUUAUUUUUUCUCACACCACGCCUGAAAUGCUACGUUUUCCCCGACAGGGUCGCAGGUUGAUUAAUUUGUUGACAUUUUCCACAAAUUAUAAAAACAUACAACACUGUAACAAUGUUGGCAACGAAAGUCUUGCAUAUAUUGUGCUGCUAUCUACCCGAAGUGGUGGUGAAAAAAACAACAACCACAGUCUGGUGGCAAGUUAUUUGCAGCCAUUGCCAUGUGCUCAGUCGGGACACACGUUAAACGUCAGCCAGCUAGCUUCACGGCAGCAAACGGUGUUCGACCAUAGCGACAUUGUUACGAAGACGUCGUCUCUCCUCGUUUCACCGCAGACCGAGAGAAGAAUCCGCCCCCCUACCGACAAGGGAGCUUUUCAAGUUGCAUCGUGACGGAGCCAAGUGCAGUUGUGUAGUGUUGUGUGACCUCUAAUAAAUGAAUAACAAUUAACAGAAGGCAGCAGUUCAACAAUGACGAUAGCACGAGCAAUUAUUUUUGUGUCAGUGACAUCAUUGCUGGCAGUUAGUUCCUGGAUACCAGGGUCUGAAGCAGAAGACACAAGAAAGGAAGAUUCCUAUGGCAAAGAUAAUGAUGAAAGUCAGGCAACAACAGUGACUGGAAACACAGCAUCACCAGAACAUUAUUUACCAUCAAGGGACAGAAGUGAUGAAGCAGAUGAUGGUUAUGUAGAUGCUGAAGCACAAAAUAAGGAUUCAUUUUCAAGUACAGUGGUGUCAGAAAAAAUACAUAAUGAAACUGAGAAUAAGACCAAGUCUUCUCCAUUAACAGUAGAAAAUUCACAUUUAGGAUACAGAAUGCCUGGUCUUUUUGGUUUCAAUGGUGGAGAGCCAUUUUAUCUAGAAAAAGACCCUAUUACAGGCGCAGUGGACUUCAGUACAAAAACAUCAGCAGACAAAACUGGAGCAAAUGAAGAUUCAGAUACAGCAGUACCAUCCCUUAAAAAUCACAAAAUAUCAGAAGACACUGGUACUUCAGAUGAUUAUUACUAUUAUGAUGAAGAAGACAGUGAUAACAUUGACAGAAAAGAUGGUGCUUUCAAUGAUAAUGGAAGAAUUAACUACAUGAACCCUUAUAAAAAUUAUCCUCCCACUAUAAACGAUGUUAACAUCCAUGUAGAAAAUCACAGCAAUCAUAAAUAUCAAACAGACCAAAAUAACAAAUAUCCUUUAAUUUCCAGCUCCUAUGCCAACACUAAAGUUCAAGGAACAGCUGGUGGAAACAACAGAAAUCAUCGCCCAUAUGCCACUAGUUCUACCCAAUCACCAUCUUAUUACACAAUCAGACCCCAACCUACUUUCUUAACUAGCACACCACAACCCCCAUCUCAAGAUAUCAUCAAGUAUAAAUCCCCUCAAAAUAAUAAUUCACCUCAUCCUGUGGCCACAGAAGAAACAAUGUAUCAUAAACCAACUCCAGAAAGACAUGAAAAUUACAGUUCUCAAAUACUUAACACCCAUAAAAACAAUCAGCAGCUACAACAAGAAAGUAUUCAACAAACACUAAUGGAUAAACAGCAGCAACAAAACCAGCAUUAUGAAAAGCACGAUGCAAAGCAGCAGCAAGAUGAACUAAAAAAACAAGCACAAGAUCAACAGCAAAAAUUAAGACCUUCAGACCAUCAGUCCUCAUCAGCCACUAAUCCAGAGGUCCCUAUCCAGAAACUUCCAACCAAAGCAACUAAUCAGCCAUUAAAUUACGAAGAGGAAAGUAAUGAAGAUUAUGAUACAGAAGCACCAACCAGUUUCAGUUUAUCAGAACUCUUUGGAUACGGUAAACCUCCAACAAGAACUGAGGAAAAGAAACCUCAACAAGAACAAAAGCAGCAACAGGCACAAGAAUACUCCAAGCAAGGUGAAUAUAAAGAUCCAGUUCCAUCUACACUGCAAUCUACCCACACCACAACUACAAUUAAGCCAAGUAUAAUUAAUCAGGAAUUAAUUUCUGAAGAUCAGAAUUAUGACAAAAAUCAAAUCCAAGAGAAAUACCAUACCACACAAAAAGCAACUGCAAAUAAACUUUCAACUACACAACCCUCUGAUAUUAUUUAUAGUGAACCCAGCACUGUGAAAUAUCUGGACACUGUAACUUCCAUGCCCCUGGACACCCAGUCUCAUCCAAAGCAACAAUCUGCAAAUCAUCGUCCUGAGAAGUAUGAGCCAUCUCCCAACAUACAUUCAGAUACUUAUCACCAGGGUACUUCCGUGACUGCAAAUGCAGAUUUAGCUUCUAACCCAUUUCAGAAUGUUAAAAACAACAUAGCUGUGGUGACAAGUGUUCAUCAACAAGCAAAGCCAGGAUAUCUUGGGGGAUCAGUACAUUCUGAAACCAAUACAAUGAAGAAUAGUCCAUAUGGAUCAUAUGCAGAAGAGCCUUUCAGGCCUAUUUUUGGACCUGGUCAGGGAGAUGAUAAGCCUCCAUUACACCAGCCAGAGCAUCAACCACUGGUGUCACCUAUAAACAAAGACAGAAACACCAAUAGUGUGUCCAGCAGCAACCUAAGCCCAGUAAAAGCUGAAGGUACAAUGCCAUCAAAAAUUCCACAGGAGACACCAUCAAGAUGGAAUUAUCCUUAUGAUGAAGGUACUUCCACAUUCUUCCAAAUUCCUUCUCAUAAUCAGCAGCAGCAACAACAAAACAAGGAAACAGUUUCUGUAGGAAAUUCUAGAAUUCCUGAAGUUGAGCCACCAAGACCUCAUUUACAGAACCCAGGUUUUCUUCAUUCUCAACAGAACAAACCAACAUUCACAUCAGAGACAUCUGUUUCUACUGGAAGUAUUAUCCCAAAUUAUAACAGAGUACAAAGCAACGAUCCUCAAAGCCUUCCAGUCUCACAUAUGCAGGAAGCCUUUAUACCUGAAUGGACAGACAGUAAUGCUAAAAGGAAAGGUGAUGGAGAAGGGUACGUUGUUUUUCCAGACAGUCACCCAGAGGGAGGCAGACCACAAGAUGAAACUCUUAAAAGGCCAUCAAUAGCAGUAGCAGUAUCAACAAACAUACAAUCGAUUGGAAAUGAAGAAAUUAAUUAUCAACUAUCAUCACCACAGUCUCAACCUCAACAAGAAGAGGCAGGGUCUUUAGAAAUUAUGCACACAUCAAACCAGCAGAGAUUUCCACUUCCACCAAAUUCUGCUCCUCGGCCAACAAAUCAGAAUGGAGCUCCAAUUCUGCACAGGGACACCGUAAAGGAACCAGCACAAGAACUUAGACCUCCAGCAGAACCUGAAAAUCUGAGACAACAGUCAGUGUCAGGAAAUUAUCCCCAUCCACACUGGGAGUCACGCCCAACAAUACAACCUCAGUACUUUCCCCAACCAGAUCCCUCUCAAAUUGCAAGGCCAAAGCAUGAUGUUGUGCCACCCCACUUCGUACAAACUUCUACUUUCAGCAGUGAGUAUCGCAUUCACCCUGACUUCUUACCUGAACACCCUUUCCAAGGAAAUCGACCUCAAACAAUUCCAAAGAAUCAUAAUCAAGAUGCAAAGCUUCCCAACAUUCUUCCCCAGUUCAGACCAAAUGCCAAAAUAUCCCAUAUUCACUCUGAAAAUGGAGGUCGGAUACAAGCAUACCCACAUUUUGGCCCACAGAGACAGCCUUUACUUGAAAGGCCUAGCAGACACCCCCCUCCAGAGUUAAUGGGGCACCUGCAUCCACCUCCGCCACCUCAUCAUAGAAGAGUGAAUCGCAAUGACAGUCCUCUAGAUGGAUUAAAUAUGGAUGAAGAUAUAUUUCCAUUUGAAAAGCAUCCUCCACAGCCCCCAGCCAUUUCUCAACAACGACCUCUUGUUCAUCGAAGGACUGGCCCUCAUAUUACAGAUAUGGGUGGAUCUCAGCCACAGGUUGCAACAUUACAAAUGAUGCAACAUCAGCAGCAAGGAACCAACACAUAUUUUCUUCCUAGACCACUGACAGCUAGAGAUGAUUUCCCUGAUUCUGAUGAUGAUAUGAAACCUCCUUUUGAAAUUAAAUACCCUUUAGGAUCAACAUUAGAUGCAGAGGCCUCAGAGAAACAACCUGUAUUUGUAGUCUACCCUGUGAAUUCAACUCCUCUCAAUAUUGGAGGUGGAAACGCAAAUAAUGGUGGUGUUGUUGUAGGCAUUCAUGGUCCUCAGCGUCCAUUACCACCUUCAAAUCUUGACUCUGAGGGUGGUUCAUCAUUACCCUUAGAAGAUAUAAAUGGUGGUUCCUUAACACUUCCAUUUUCAGGACAUAAAAAUCAAAAACCAGUGCUUAAACUUCCUACAGAUAAGCUUGAUUCUCCUCACCUUCAAUCACAAAAUCCAACAAAUUUUGCAACACCAAAUACUAAUGCUGAACGACCCAUAAAAUCUGAUUUCCCUUAUCCACUAGAAAAGCCAGAUGCUAUAACAGACGUAGCAGAAUAUGAGAUAAAACAGGACAAUGAAGGCCAUAAGGAAAUUAUGUCAAUCUUGGGAGGUGUUACUCCAAACAACAAUGAUAGAUAUGACAAUGAAUUUCCACUUAAAAAUGAUGGAAUUCAAGCAGAAGUACAUAACAGCAAUAAAGACAGACAUAAUGAAGAUGACACAGAAAUUAAUAUAAUACCAUAUCUUCAAGACUACAUGCCAUUUGCAACCAAGAAACCAAUCACGUCAAUUAAACUAUUACCUGAAAAGAAACCUACUACUCAUUCCUCCAUCAAUGUUCCAAUCGAAUCUCUUACAAGCUCUGUCAAACCUGUAAAAGACAUGUCCCAUUCCAACCAAUGGACUACCAUAAGCGGUGGACACCAGACACAAGAUGCAAGAAUAGUGAAUAUUAGAGGUUCAGAAAAUGAAAUCAAUGCUCCCACAUCUUCAACAUCAGAACCACAUCACUCAUCAGCAAUAUCAGUCACUCUUAGAACAGUUCAGCCACAAUCAAGUACCACACAUUCUCCUGUCUCAAAAUCCACACUGACUGUUUCUAGCUAUCCAAAAUCUCCCCAGUUAUCUGUUACCAGUGCCACUGUACAUGGAGGAUCACUACAAUCAGCUCAUCAGCAGGGACUGGUUGGUUCUGGGGGAUCAGAAUUCACAGUAUCAGCUGUUAUGCACACCCAUCCCCAAGCACCUAGCAACCAUAGACCCGCAGAGGUAUUUUCAUCAACAACACCUCCUCAGUUGAACUUUCAAGCUCCUUUCCUUGCAAGUGCCAACAUAGGAUCUGCACCAGCAAAUCAAGGAUGGAGUGUAGUUGGAAGCGGAGGGCCUAGCAAUGGAAGAAUGAAACCUGGAACUGUUGAUAAGGCUGAAAUUCAUUCAGAAGAACUGAAGGCUUCUGAAAUUAAAACUGAUAGUGAAGAUCACAGUAGUGAACCAAACAAUUUUGAUUUUGAAAACUUCAGACCACAGUUAUUUGGAGGGUUUAAGCCUAUCUACACAUUUCCUGAAGAAAAUGGAGAGGAAAAUGCUAAAUAUCUUCAUACAACAGAACGCCAAGAGAAAAUGAUGUCAUCAGCCUGAAAAUUCAAAGAUGUUACAGUUCAGAAUUUAGGACAAAUCAUAUUAUAUUAUCACAUUUAAUUUGUGGUAGAGUGUUUAAGCCAUUGGCUUAUAAAGAUGAAAAAUCUUAUCAUAUUCAGUUGACUUUCAGUAGACAAGGAAAGAAAAAUCCAGUUGAUCGGUUAGAAAGAAAUAGAACAGUGACACAAUAUAUCAUAUUAAAACUGCUCAGUUAUCACAUGCAUAACUAAACUUUUGUGUCUUACAGGACAAUAUAAGACCACUGUUAAUGCAUCUUCAGUGCUGUUUUUCACUGCAGAUGAGCUAAUAAACUAUUUAAUUUUUCUACGGUCACUGUA